AUGGCUGAAGCGGUGGCUGUUGUAUCCGCAAUCCAAGCUACUACUCAACUCGUAGAGCAAGUCUGCCGAAUCUUCAAACGCCUCCGCGAUGCGAACGCUCGUCAGAAAUGUCUUCCUGAGGUCCUGGCUCGACACUAUAGCGAACUCAAAAGUAUCAAGGCAAUCAUGGGUAUGAUCUACGAUGAGCAGGACCUGAAGACACCCACUGUUGCCGCGGAGCUGGUUCGACUACAAGACGUGUCAGAGAGGCUGGCUGCCUUGAUCAAGACCUUGGUUCCGUCAACCACAAGUAAGAUGAUCCAGUUUGCGCGCCAGCUGGUGGACGGCUCAGCAGACGAGAAGAAGCUGAGCGCCAUUAUGGGCGAGCUGGUCCAAGUGAAGGCUGUGCUCGUGCUGUCCAUUCAAGUCGCCCACGUAGGAGUAGUCCGCACCAUGGGGAAACAAGCUGUAGCAAAUGCGGAAGCUAUACAGCGGAUCGACGAGUCCUUCAGGGAGCUUGUCCAGGAUUGCAAGGGCCUGAAAAUUGCACAACUGCUCAAGGGCCGACGUCCAUCAAACGACGGCUUUGUCCCAUUGACUCUGGCCGAUCUCAAGGCUCUCGACAAGGCGGGUCAUGGUGAUGGCGAAGAUAGCGAAGACGAGACGCUCGUUGAUGACUCAGAAGCAUCGCCACGAGAAGUUCCCGUCAAGACCGAACGCAUCGUUAUCAACAAUGCAUCUCGUGGUUACGCUAUUCAGGUAAAUGCUCCGCUGGAUACAGAUAUAUACAAGCAUUUGAGCAGUCUGAGAAUCCAGGACAACGUGGCCGAGGAGCAGAGUGUGCAGAUCAACUAUGGCACGACGACCAAGUCGUUGUCGAUACUUCUCGAGCUCGCGCGACUAAGGCAGGUAAGCGCGCCCGUAAUCGCGCGGUGA